ACGUAAUGUUGGGUGGGAUCGACGGUAAAUUAACCAAAUAUAAAUAUAUUACUUAAAUAAGAAUCAAAAAAAGAAAAAAGAAAUACGUGCAAAGUAAAAGAAAAUAAGUACAUAUAUGUAGUAUCGGUGGAGCGGCGGGGCUUGUAUUUCGAUCUAAAAGCCAAACAUAAAAACGGAUACAGUGAAGGAGAGUUUGAAGCUGCAGCGGAGAGAGAGAGAGAGAGAUAUUGUAGAACAAGAUCUCUUGACAACGAGGAAAUAGUACACAAUUAUGGACUCAAAAUCUCCAACAACGCCGGCCAACAAUGGCAAUGGAAGUGUCAACAACCACAACAAUAACAACAACAAUAGCAACUACCACCAUCAUCGUGCGCCACGCACUCCCGAAAGUUAUUUCAAUGUGCCCGAAUCGAUCGCGCUGCUGAAUAUCGUCAAAUCGGAGCGCAUUCAAAGCGCCUUCCAGUCGAAUCGCAAGAAUCACGCCAGCGUCUGGGAGAUGGUUGCCGAAGUGCUAAAUCGAUUCAGCGCGCGUAAACGUUCCGCCAAACAGUGUUGCAAUCGUUAUGAAAAUUUGAAAAAGAUCUACACACAAUUGAAGAAGAAUCCCGAACGGCAUGUGCGUCGCAAUUGGCCUUACAUGUUUCUGUUCAAGGAGAUCGAGGAGCAGCGCGGUGAAUGUUGGGGUUCGGCGAAUGGCAAACGACUAGCGUUGAUAGCAAAAAGUCACAAAGAGCUCUCGUACUAUCAGCGCCGGCGGCAGGCCGCUGAGUUGGGUGUGGCGUAUCUGGGCAAAGAUGCGGCUGCUGUGAUGCAACACAGUUUGCUACAGAGCCUCUCUACAGAUUCGAGUAGCAAUAAUAGCAAAAUGGAACGUUUUCUGCCCAAUCACUUUGUGGAAGCGCAACUAGGUGACGGACUCGGUGGCGGGAUGAGCAUGUACGACGAUGGCGCGCCAUUGAAUUUGCCACAAAGCGCAAGCGCGGCAGCGGCAGCAGCCGUUGCGGCGGCGGCAAUAAAUGUUGUCAUGCAAAAGGAACAGGAACUGCGCGAAAAUGGACUGAGUGGCGUCGGCAGCAGCGUUGGUGGUAUGGAAAAUGGUAAUGAAGAUGCAACACAACACCGCGCGAACGAGAUAAAUGGGCCGUUGACGCUGAAUGGUGGUGCGGAUGUGCCAAAUGGUAGAAUUGGAAGUGUAGCAAAUGGUGGUGCUAUAGGCACUAUGCUAGCGCCACAUCCCGACAAUGGCAUUAAAGAUGUGCUGCGACCGCACUAUGAGAAAGACUGUAAUGGCGGAGGGGCAUUGAGUUUGCCCAAUGGCGACAAUAAUAUCUCAAUGAAGUCCGAGCCAAUGUCUGAAGGAGAAUUCAAUCCAGAUGAUAUACAAUUAAUGCAGACCAACUACAAUGGCUCCCAAAACUACUAUCCACACAACAUUGAUACCAACAUUCUGCACCCGGAUGUCAUUGUCGACACCGAUAACAUUUCCGAUUGCAGCAGCGUCUUAGCUGGUGAUGGCAUUGGCGGCUCGGCGAAGAGCAAACGCAAACUCUCCACAUCCACCGAUGGCGGUGAUAGUACAAAUUACGAAUUGAUCGAGUACUUAAAGCGGCGCGAGAAGCGCGAUGAGGAAUUGCUGCGGCGCAUGGAUGCGCGCGAGGAGCGACUAUUGGCGUUGCUCGAACGCACAGUUGUCGCUAUUGAGACGUUGGCUGGCAAGAAGCCGGUGGAAAGUAAAGAGUAAAAAGCAUUGAUAACAUCAGUGGAAAAAAUGCGCUAUGGCAACAACAACAAAACCCUCAGUCAUUUAGUGAAUUAAGCCAACUAUAAGUAGUUUUAGGUAAAUAACGCCAAAGGUUACUCACUUUGCAGAGCCAAAGAACAAAUUCGAGGAGAUUUUCACUUUUAAUCAUAUAAUAUAUUCGAUAAGUUUUUUAUUUAUACAUAUACAAAUGUUUGUGCUUAAUAAUUUAGUUAGUGUAAAAGUAAGGAUGUGGAUGUUAUUUGAAAUUACUCAAUUACCAAAAAUUUACUUAAUUAGUUUAAUUUGUUUGAAGCGAGAAGAACUUUUAAUACUCAUUUUUUGCCCCUUUGUAACCCAUGUGCCAUUGUAUUUUAAUUAAAUAUAAAUUAUACCUCCUAUACCUAGAGACUAAUAGCAUAAACAAAAUCAAAUCGGUGAGCAAACUUCGUCGGAGAAAAUUUCGCUGUCAAAAUUGGGACACACUCACAGUGCAAGAGAGAUAGAGUGCAAGAAUACGCCUUGCUCACGGUGUACAGAAUACGACAGAAGAAUAAUCUGCCAUUCUUGAAACACACUGCAGUACAUUGGAUUGCAUACAAUUUAAAUUAAACGGAAAAUUAGAGGAUUAUUCUUAUUCUUAUACUUUUAUAUUUUUUAUUUAUCAACUCCUGCUAAUGGCACUUCGGUUUUGGUUCGGGCGAAAUGUUGCGACGAAUAUCACCCGAAGGCAUUGCUUCGUCCGACGAAAUUCGCUCAGCGAUUCGGUUCUGUACUGUGGUACUUUAAGAAAGAAUAUCAGUAAAUCAACACAUUUUCUGUUGCAUAUACAAAUGUUUUUUUUUUUCAAACAAUAUUGAAAAUAGAUUUCAUAGAAAACUACUCAACAGAA